AUGGAUGCAAGUUUUCUAGCACAUAGCAUGAGGAGCUCUCUGUCAACAGUGGCUCGCCGGAGGAAUAGUACAAUAUGCAAGCUGCCGGCGUGCUCUAAUCCUGCUGUUGUUGCCGUUCUGACGACAAGGCCAAAGGAAAGCAUAGCCGAAGAUUUAUCAGGAAAGAGUACUAGUAGUAGUAGCGUCUAUAACGAUAACUGGUUCGAUCUAGUGGCCAUAAACCAUCUAUCCCAGAGUGUUCAAGCUGCAACGGGUAUAAGGAACAGCAAAAGUGGAUAUGAGAGCUUGGUGGAGGCAGCAAAAGUGGCAUCACAGAAUUUCAAUCCAAUUCAACAAAAAGAAGUGAUCAUUCAAGCCCUUGAGAGAGCCUUCCCAAGGCCAAUCCUCUCCUUGAUAAAGAUACUUCUACCACAAUCCAAAUUCGCAAGGGAAUAUUUUGCUGCCUUCACAACUGUGUUUUUUGCUUGGUUAGUCGGACCUUGCGAGGUGAGAGAAUUGGAGCUCAACGGAAGAAGAGAAAAGAAUGUAGUCCACAUCAAAAAGUGCAGGUUUUUGGAGGAGACAGGUUGCGUGGGGUUGUGUGUUAAUCUCUGUAAAAUGCCAUCCCAAACAUUUAUCAAGGACUCCUUUGGAAUUCCAGUCAACAUGGUCCCUAAUUUUGAUGAUAUGAGUUGCGAGAUGAUUUUUGGUCAGGAUCCUCCUGCUUCAACCGAAGAUCCAGCACUCAAGCAGCCAUGCUAUAAACAAUGCAAAGCAAAGCUGAAACACAGCAUGAAGUGCUCCAGUUAAUGCAGAGGGAUGCCAGAGAAGGGCAUUUUUUGGG